ACUACUUCAUAUUUUGUCGUGGAACUCGACGAGAGACAGAGAAACCGAAAAAAGGCAACAAUGCAACUCCCACUCAAAUCAAAUUGAAGCUUACGUCUCAAAUCACGCCACACCAAAAAGCGUUUCUCCCUGGCCAUCGUGAGAGGAAAAAAAUGGGGGUGCCGCAGGCAAUGGAGGUAUUACGGGAGAGAGCAGCGCUUGUCAGAGACUCGUUGCAGAAGAGCCAAACCAUAACCGAAAGCAUGGUCUCCAUUCUCGGUUCCUUCGAUCACCGACUCUCCGCUCUCGAGACCGCCAUGCGUCCUACUCAGAUACGAACGCAUUCGAUCAGGAGAGCGCAUGAGAAUAUAGAUAAGACGUUGAAAGCAGCUGAAAUUAUUUUGGAGCAAUUUGAUCUCACGCGCAAGGCAGAAGCAAAGAUUCUGAGAGGGCCACACGAAGACCUUGAGAGCUAUCUAGAAGCAAUUGAUCAGCUGAGAAGCAUUGUUCAGUUUUUCAGCAACAACAAAAGUUAUAAGAGUAGUGAUGGUAUACUUAACCACGCCAAUAACUUACUCGCAAAAGCUAUCUCGAAAUUAGAAGAUGAGUUCAGAACGUUAUUAACAAAUUACAGUAAGCCGGUGGAACCUGAUCGCCUUUUUGAUGGCCUACCAAAUUCCCUACGACCAUCAGCAACAUCACCUGGCAAGCAAGGUGAACUUGGCAGCAAGAAUCAUUCUGAGAACCAAAAGAACUUAGAAAAUGCUGUUUACACACCUCCGACUCUUAUUCCGCCCAGGGUUCUACCUUUGCUGCAUGACUUAGCCCAACAAAUGGUUCAAGCUGGCCACCAGCAACAGCUGUUCAGGAUCUACAGGGAUACUCGUGCUUCAGUCUUGGAACAGAGCCUCAGGAAAUUAGGUGUAGAGAGGCUUAGUAAAGAUGAUAUCCAGAAAAUGCAGUGGGAGGUUUUGGAGGCUAAGAUUGGGAAUUGGAUACAUUACAUGCGUAUUGCUGUUAAACUGCUCUUCGCUGGGGAAAAGAAAAUCUGUGAACAAAUACUUGAUGGCAUUGAUUCUCUUAGGGAUCAAUGUUUUGCUGAAGUCACUGCAAACAGUGUAGCCGUACUUCUUAGCUUUGGAGAGGCUAUUGCCAAAAGCAAGAGAUCACCUGAGAAGUUAUUUGUUCUUUUGGAUAUGUAUGAGAUAAUGAGAGAACUACAGUCAGAGAUUGAGUAUUUGUUUGGAAGUAAAUCUUGCAUUGAAAUGCGGGAAUCUGCUCAGAGUUUGACAAAGCGGCUAGCUCAGACAGCACAAGAAACCUUUGGUGAUUUUGUGGAAGCAGUUGAGAAAGAUGCCACCAAAACUGCUGUUCUUGACGGAACUGUCCAUCCUCUGACUAGCUAUGUGAUAAAUUAUGUGAAGUUUCUAUUUGACUACCAAUCAACACUGAAGCAACUUUUUCAAGAGUUUGAUGAUGGUGAUGCUGAUGCUCAAUUGACUAAUGUAACUACAAGGAUUAUGCAAGCUCUACAGACUAACCUCGAUGGGAAAUCCAAGCAAUAUAAGGACCCUGCACUCACACAACUAUUUCUUAUGAACAAUAUUCACUACGUAGUGAGAUCAGUGCGAAGGUCAGAAGCCAAGGAUUUGUUGGGAGAUGAUUGGGUUCAAAUUCACAGACGAAUUGUUCAGCAGCAUGCAAAUCAGUAUAAAAGGAUUUCUUGGGCAAAGAUCCUUCAGUGUCUCACCAUUCAGGGGGCUGCUACAUCAGGUGGUGGUGGUAGUAUAUUGGGAGGUGACACUGGCAGUGGAGUUUCGAGAGCAAUGGUGAAAGACAGGUUCAAGACUUUCAAUGUCCAGUUUGAGGAGCUUCACAUAAGGCAAUCUCAGUGGACAGUUCCAGACAGUGAAUUACGAGAGUCCUUGAGGCUGGCUGUUGCUGAAGUUCUCUUGCCCGCCUAUAGAUCUUUCAUUAAACGUUUUGGGCCUAUGAUCGAGAAUGGAAAAAACCCUGGAAAGUACAUUAGAUACAGGCCAGAGGACCUUGAGCGAAUGCUGAGUGAAUUCUUCGAGGGUAAGACAUGGAACGAACAAAAGCGAUAGAUGGUUGUGAGAAUAAUCUGUAUUCUUUGUUGUUCAGAAAUUUAAAUACGGAUGAAAUCUAGUAUUCUUCAACUAUUCAUUGUACAAUGAUGGGCCAUGGUUUCUGUAUUCUUCUCUGCAAGGCUUGCUUUGUUCUUCAUGGUAAUCCGUUCUCGUUGACAAGGGUAGCGAUGGAGAAAAAGGGGGAAAGAGAGUGAGAGUUAGAGAGAGCAAGGGAGAGGGCAAAAGAGGAGAGGGUCAGAGUGUCUGAUUUCGUUAUCCAGAUCGAAGGGGCAGUAACGAGAAUUGCAAUUAGUGUAAUGUAACACUUAACAUAGUUCUUGUUGCUCAGAAAUAAAGCCUAAACCCUGAAUAAAAAUAUACAUACAUUAAUUAA